CGUAGUUGCCUUCGCCCUUUGCGUUGGAAGUUGUUAUUACUUUCCCUCACAGCACACACUCGUCAGCAUGGUGCUCAUCACCGAAGAACUGGUUCGCAAGAAAUCGGAGCACAAUGAACGACUAAUUAGCACUCUGGAAGAAAUUUCCUUGCACCAGGAGGACAUCGAGGUCAUCGAACAUAUCCAGAACUGGUGUCGCGACCUCAAGAUCCUACUCCUUCAAUCCAAUCUGAUAGCGCGUCUGGAGAACUUGCAUAAGCUGAAACGUUUGGAGUACCUCAAUGUGGCCAUCAAUAAUAUUGAGAAGAUUGAGAACCUGGAGGGGUGCGAGUCCCUCAAUAAACUGGACCUAACUCUAAAUUUUAUAGGAGAACUAACUAGCUUGGAGUCGCUAUGUGGCAAUCACAAUCUCCGCGAACUGGUGCUCAUUGGUAAUCCCUGUGUGGACUAUCCACACUACAGGGACUACGUGGUAGCCACUUUGCCGCAAUUGAAUAGCUUGGAUUGCGUAGAGAUCACGCCUUCGGAACGUCUUCAAGCAUUAAGGGAGUUAUCAAAGAACCGGGCCAUUAUCGUCCAGAAGCAGGCGGAUCAGGCUAUAAAACGGGAUGAGCAGCGUAUCCGGGUGGCGGAGCAGCAGUCUGCCUUGGCGGAAAGUUGUGCCGGAAUCGAUGACGAAGAGGAGCGGAUCAAGGCCUUCUGGCAGGCAAAGAGCGAGCACUGUCCAGAGAUCCGUACGGAGAUCGCCCGGCAGCAUCGUUUGGGCCGGGAGCGGCACGAAACUAAGUCCCCGUUGGAUCCUCCGAAGCAGAUGCGCAAUCUUUUUGCUCCCUGCGGCAGACCGUACAAUCUGAACCAGGGCAAGCUGCCCUUUACCUUUCAGGAUGAGGCCGAUCAUUACUUGCUCCAACUAGAGGUAUACAGAUACCUGGAUACCUCUCUAAUUGAUGUGGAUGUACAGACCAUGUACACUAGGGUCACCGUCAAGAAAAGGAUUUUCCAGAUCGCCUACAAUGAGGAGGUUAAGCCGGAUGAGUCCACUGUGCAGCGUUCCCAGAUAACAGGUCAUCUGAUGGUCAAACUUAAAAAGCUGAAAGUCAACGAACUGCUAAUCGCAACAAAGAGUACGGCUAAAAAGUAUACCCGCUCUGAUGACGGAAAAAAUAUCGAAAACCCAGGUGAAAAACUCCGUGGAGUCGUGGACAUCAGUAACAUUUGUCCGCCCGAUGAUCUUCCCGAUUUAAUUUGAGCCAGAGUUCAUUAUUUAAAAAUGGUUUAUUUAAAUAUUUGUCUGUUUUGGUUUGUUUUUUCCAACUCGUCAUCGUUUUUUUUGUUUGUUGUUUGGUUUUUGUGAUCCAUCCAUUGAUCAAUCAAUUAGCUUCUUAGUAACCUCUUCAGCCCGAUCGGAUGUCUAUAUAUACGCGCUUGUGAUUGUGUAAGUGUGUGUGUGUACAUAUACAUUACAUAUAUAAAUGUAGUUACAUGGCCAUAUAACGUAAAUCGAGUAAUGCAAUAAAGAGCACAAACUAAGAAAAAUGAACUGUAUCAUAUUAUAACUUCGUUUUCGAUUAUUUCUGUUAGGGAAACCGUGUAAUGCCAAAUCAAUGAAAUUGUCUCUGAUUGAUGGCUACAAACGUACAAAAUAUCAAAAGGAUUCAAUUCGAUUCGAUUUUAGUUUCUUACUUUUCUGUGGCAAACCAAUGGGGAGUAUUUCGAUUUGGGGGAGGUGUUUAUUUAAGAGUUCAGGGGCCUCUUAAACGGCUAUACAAAAUCAGGGCAGGGCCUAAGUCUUGUUCAAAAGUUUUACGGCUUCUGACUGUUGAUUUUUUGUUGUUUAAAAGUUGCCUUUCAUGCUGUAUUUACAAUACAUGAUAAUCGGUAUUAUCGGUACUGCUAUCGCUUUCUGUAUACAUAUCUAUAUAUAUAUAUAAGUUAGUUGUGAAAUUGCUAUAAAUUACAAGAUACAUAAAAAAAUUUAUUCGAUUUUAUCUGGAAAAGUCCUGUGGAAAGUAUGGGAUGUGGUUGGGAUUAUUUAUGGAGAGUCCUGGCUUAUCUGAAAUGAUCAUAGUUUGUUUUUGUUUCGUUUGUUAAAUGGAUAUAGCAACAAUCUUGUAUUCUCUCUCGCUCAUAUAUUUCGGUAUUUGUUUUUGCUUUUGCUUUUAGUUUGUAUCUUUAAAUAGUAUUGUAUUCUAGCUGUGUUGUGUGCAUUUUUCUUCAGUUUCUUUUUGCUUCGGUUUUUUCUGUAAUUUAUGUAAGUAUUUCCACUUAUUUAUUUAAUUAAUUUCGUAUUUUGUUUCUUUUGCAUUUGCUUAAGUCCAUGGUUUUGUUUUUCUUUAUCUCUUGCUUUUGUUGGUUUUCUGUUUUUGGUUCUCAUACAAAAAUUGAACGAAGUAAAAAUAUUUCGAAAAAGCGUUGUUACUCUAUACUUUAUUCGCCUUUCAUUUUCUCUGUGUAUUGCUGUGGCUGCUGUUUUUGCUGUUUUGGCCAGACUCAAAUCUUGGUUAACAACA